ACAGGAGCAGACAGACGUCCCUCAGCAGUUUAGUCGCCGGUCACUCGGCGGAAAACGCGGAACGCUGAUUUCUGGGCCGAAAAGUAGGAGAAAAGCGAGACUCAAACUACAUUUAACAGCUGAACCGAGACUUCUGUUUAUCUAGAGACAGAUAGAUCUGGAGAUAGAUAGAUUUCGGAGGAAGAGGAGGAGAAACCGGCGAGAAGGAGGAGGAGAGAACCGAGCCAGGAGGAGGACGCACGGACCGGAGGGGAAGGAGAGGAGGCUGGAGAGAGAGAAAAGGAAUGAUUUUUUCUUUCUUUUUUAAAUUUUUUUUUUAGUCUCCUCUCCUUCUUCCUUCUCUUCUCCAGCUCCACAGCCAGCCAGCCUGCCUCUUCUGGAGCAUUUAUGUCUGCGUUCCGGAGGCUUUAAAUGUUGAACUUGAUGGGUGUUUUAAACGCCACCGCCGCCAAUGUCUCCUGUACUUGUAACUGCAAGCGCUACAACCCCCUCCAGAGCAUGGAAAUCACCCAGCUGGAGUUUGUCCAGAUCCUGGUGAUCGUGGUGGUCAUGAUGGUCAUGGUGGUGGUGAUCACCUGCCUGCUGAACCACUACCGCCUAUCAACACGCUCUCUCCUCUCCAGACACGCCCCCACACGCAGGAGACACCUGCCAUUGGCCAAUGAGGGAGGUCUGUGGUCCUCUGAGUCAACAGGGACAAGCAGUGUUCUAAAUGAGCACCAGGUGUAUAACCCCCGUCCCCCAGAUCGAGGGGUCCCCACGUCCUACCUACAGCGGGAACCGCAUCACGGCCAGUCCCAGCCUCCGCUCCAUUCCCAGCGCUUCCAGCACACAUAUGCCCCGAGUCGGUUCCAGCCGACGUAUCCCUACCUGCCCCAGAGCCUCAUCGACCUCCCCCCGACGAUCUCCCUGUCAGACGGCGAGGAGCCGCCACCGUACCAGGGCCCCUGCACCCUGCAGCUUCGGGACCCCGAGCAGCAGAUGGAGCUGAACCGCGAGUCGGUCCGAGCGCCGCCGAACAGAACCGUGUUCGACUCCCACCCCCUCGAUCCAUCCAACUCCUGUCUGCAGGCCAGUCUGCAGGCGCCUCCUCCGAGCGUCCACUCGGGCAUCAGUGUGCUAGAAGCCCAGGAGGCCUUGUCCCGGCACCAGAAGCAGGGCUCUCGAGUUGAAGGAGCUCCCCCGACCUACAGCGAGGUCAUCGGGCACUACUACCACCCUUCGUCCCUGAACUCCACCCACAGCCACCGAACUGUGCCGCAAGCGCCGCCGUCCUCGCUCAUACAGGGUCUGCUCCGACCUCCGCCUCAGCAGCAAGGAAGCGUGGACAACAGGAACACAAGGAAUACAAAGGAGAAAUCCCAGAAGCCCCAGCAGGUGUGACAGUACUGCUUCCUGUUUCCUAGCCGGCGAGAAAAAAAACAACAAACAGGAUUACGUCUGAUCAGCGGACAACGAGGAAAAAUCACAUGAAUGGUAAAAAAAAAAAGAGCUGGUCGGUUGUUUCACAGUUUCCCCUGCUUCACACUUCGAGAGGCGGCAAGACGAGCACCUGGAAACCCCAUCACUCCUGCAGAGCACAGUCACAGGAGAACAUCUGGUACUUCACGUUCCACAGCUUUCUGUCCGAGGAGCACUUCAGAUGAACCCAUGAUGAUGUCAGAGAAGAGUUGGCAGAAGGCGGAAAAGGGGAAAACCUUUCCGUCCUCAUCCCUCCUCCAUCAGACUGAUCCACAUAGUCUUCAUUCAUUAUAUAUAUUUACGUGUUCCAUUUGUUUCUAUAGAGCAUUUUUCUUCAUUUUUUUGUCUUUUUCACACUUGCCAGAAAAUUCCUGUCCAGGCGAACAUGUUGCAAUCUUCUUGGGUCUUCCAUGUUUUAGGAUUUAUUUUUUGUUUUCUAGUGAUAAUCCCUCCACCCACCCACUCGCUGCUUCGAGUCCUUUUAGUCCACGUCCUCGACUCCUGCGCCAGGCUUUAGCUGUAUCACGGGGACAUGUUAGCACCUUAGGACAUUUUCCAGAAAGAGUUUAAAUUUUAGUUGAAUCUUGAAUUAGAACACCAGUUGUAGCACAGUGCUGAUCGUCCUCAAGCUAAAAGUUCUGCCUUACAUCAACCAACCGAUGCAGGAGAUGUCGCUGGACCCCCUUUUUUUAGUUUCUUAAUUUUUCUAAAGAAGGUUUGCACAAAGUUCAAGACUGUUCACCACAGAGAAAGAAAUAAUUCGCUACUUGAUCGAUGAUGAGAGAAAAACUAGAGAAAGUAGGGGUAUUUUUCUAAACUUUAUGGAUUCAUAUGAGAUGUUUUUCUUUGAUUUUUUUUAUUUGUUGUGUAGUUAUCGAAAAAGAAACAGACAUCAGUAAUCUGUUGGGGUGCCAACUUUCACGUUGAACAUUUUGCCGCGUACAUGUUGAUGUGUAUAUAUGUUGUAUACGGAGUAUAUAUACAGACAUGUAUGCAAACUGAGAGCGAAAAGCACGAAUUUAGAGUUAUUUAUAUAAUUGCUGAAAAGAAUUGCACUAUUUUUUAGUAUGCGCAGACGGAACGUUUCAGUGAGACUUGUGAAGGAGCUCUGUCUAUGGAGGCGUAAAAACGAAAGAGAGAGGUGAAAAUGUGGAAUCUUACCAGGGAUUCGGACCAGAACAGUGCACAGCAGCUGCUAUCGUGAACAAUUUAUGGCGAGAUUCUGACGUUGGUGCAGCGGACUCAGACCAACCGUUACUGUACCAUUGAUCAAAAGAAGAAAAAAAAUCUCCAGUUUAUGCAAAAUGUCUGAGUCCUGCGAGCCCACCACAAGUCAGCAUCCAACCUGCGGGCCCAAUCAGAAACUCUGCUCGUCGCUCUCUCAGUCUCACCCCAUUGGCCGAAUCGUUAGCCAAUCCCAAAGCUGGCUGUCACUACCUCGACCGAACAAGUCAAGCACAUACGAGUUUGUUAAUCAGACUUUUAAACAGACGUCUGAACUAAUCAAGACAGUGUGUAAUGUAACAGUAGAACUAGCAGUAGAGUAAGAUGUGGUAGAGUUAGCUUUUAAUUUUUAAUCCUGCUGUGUGUUAUUUUAUUUGAAUGUCAAGAGUUUUUGUUCGCCGGUUGGGAAGAGAGAGAACGAGGCAGAAUUAGUGACACCUAACGUCCCCCUUGAAGUGCAUUAACUCAGGAAGAAAGCCAGUCGCCCAACGGGCCCUAAAUGUUCGAUACGCCGGCUGUGCACUGCUGUGGCCGCACAUGCACGAAAUUACAUCUCCAGUCGAACACCUCCAGUUUCCUUUAAAGUUCCUUCUCUUCUCUUGCCUUUUUUUAACACAAACUCUGGUAAGUUUCCUUCUCUCACAGGCAUCUCUGAGCACUUUACUGCACCAAGAAGGAGACAACAAUCUUCUGUCAGCCAGCGUCGGCCUCAGUUUACCUAAAGCACCUAAAAACUACAGUAGAACCCUUUAGGUUAAAUUCUUCAACCUUUAGAGCUGCACUUUUAAAAGAUGCAAAGAGUUUUGCACCAAAGCGUUGGACUUUUUUUUUUUUACUCACAUCUUCUGAAUCUGAAAUCACUAGAUUAUCAGAAGAAUAUUUAAUGGUUUUCAUGCCAGUACCAUAAUUUUCAAUACUUACGGUUCUCAUUUUGCCUUUACAAGCAGAACUUUGACUAAAUAAAAACUGGAAAAAGAAAAAUUAUUUGAAUUAGGAAGUGAUUUAUCAAAUAAUACAUAAAAAUUAUCCUAAAUGCAGCCAGACAUUUGAUCCUAAAUUUAGUUUUUGGCACUAAAACAAUGUAGAAGUUUGAUAUCGAGCCCAGGUUGUUUUUUUUUUUUUUUUUUUUUAAAGAUCAUGUGACCCUUUGGUCUGUUUUAUAUUUUUAACUUCCUCCUCUGUUGUCUAUGUUUUUGGAACAAAACUCUUUUUGUGUUGAAUGCAGCACAAGUUGGGUUGUUGAAACUAGACACACUGAAGUGUUGAAAUGUGACACGAGUGUUAAUAGCAACUUGCCUUGUGUCAUCUCUUUAAGAGUGUAGAAACAUAGAAAUAAUACAGUUUUAGCUCAUCAAAGUAGAAAAUCUCAAUAUAACGACGUAUUUGUACUUUUUUUGUUUAAAGUUGCUGCUUAUAUUUAUAUGAAAAGCGUUCACUGCGACCAACGCUGUUUUAACUCGGUGCUCGUGAAUUUUUACUGAUGUGACGACACCACAAGCUGGUCCAGAUGACGUCACCGUCCUCUAGUGUCCAGUUUUUAUGCAACAGCGUCCUCCACAGGGUCCGAACCAAACUGCAGCCAGAACUCCUGAAGCUGAGUUAGCUUGAUUUUGCAAGCCGAGGAGAGGAGAGAGUCAAAAAGGCCAAAAAAAAGACGUUUUAUUGUCUGAUGUGGUGAAUCUUUGUCUUUUCUUCUUGCUGGUGUCUAAGCUGGACGUAAAGAGGACCAGUUUGUGUCAUUGAAUUGUCAUUACUUUUAAAUUACAGAGCAAAGCAUCCAUUCUUUAGAAGGAUGAACCACAGCUGAACUUUGCAGAACUUUCCUUGAAAUCACCUACUUUCUAAAUCCCUUAAGACUCUUUUAACAAACUGAACUUUGCACAAUAAAAAAAUGAUUUCAUCUGGUUUUUCAAUGUAAUAACCAGAAAAAACCAUUUACGUCCAUAAUUAGGUAUUAGUUUGCAAACCCAAACUUUUGUAGCUUCAUUGUUUGCCAUAUUUGUCCAUGUUAAGGUUAGUUUUCAUUAAUUUCUCCUUAGUUAUACGUUUUUACUUGUCUUCUCUGGAGCAAGCAAAUAUGAUAUAUAACUUAAAAAUCUUUUCUAUAAAAGAGCUGGUGGGUUAUUUUUUCAUCCAGAUGUUUAGAAGAGUCUUUGAGGAUUCUACCAAUCCAUUUAAAACAGCGUUCAGCAUUCACGAUUGCUUAUGCUUUUGACUUUUUAACUGUAAUGGUAAAACCUGAAAGUUCAGCUUUUAACUCCCGUGACACAAAGAAAGACAAAAAAAAUAAUAAUCGACACGUAAUCACAAAUCAUUCCUUAUCGAUUCGCCUUCCCUCUGUCUUAUUUAUUAUCUCUCUUUCACCUUUGUUCCUGUUAUUUAAUGACUAGCACUUAUGGAAAGAAAAAAAUCAUGAUAUGAAGAAAUGAAUCUCUUGACCCAAAGCAGCUAAAGGACUAAUGAUUGGCUCAAUCAAAGUAUGAAUCACCUUUCACCUUGUAAUGAGGUUAUUAGCCUGGUCCUAUGAUGCAAGUUUAGCUAAUUUAUUGAUCUGUAUUUUAUUGUCUUUUCCCCUACAUCAAUAUGUUACUUGUGUUUGGAUGAGGCUAUUUAAAAACGGUUCGGUUUCCUGCGUUGGAGGGUUUGCAGCGGGUAUGAUAAGACUGGACAGGUUCUAAUGAAGGCGUUAUAGUAGAAUCAAGUUGAUAAUUAUUUAAAAUGAUGUACCUACAGCUGAAUUCAUAUGGAAGAAAUUAGUGUAGUAUCAAUCUGUCACUUCAGGGAAAGCUGACGCUGGCUGACCAUACAAAACAGGACAGAAGAAGGAGGAGUGAAAACUCAUUUACAGGCUGACUAGUGUUUGUUUUUUUUUUUUUAAUUCAAUGUACUAUCUACACAUGCACACUGGUGUGUUUACAUGGCUUUCACCAGUGCAUUCCAUUUUUAUUUUUUCUAGAUUUGAGCUGCACAAAACCCACAUAUGAAGCGGAUCACGUGUAAAAUGCCUCCAUGCCGGCGAUAAUCUGCACCUGUUUGAGGUGAUCACAUGCUUUCCUUUGCUUUAAGCCAGCGUGAAGGCAGCUUUGCAGUGUUAGCACAUUAGCAUUUCGGCUAGCGGGUGACAACUUUUUCCCAGAGCUGUGUGUGUGGGUGUGCGGUUAAUGUACACCAACCUGGCCUGGGAAAGACCUCCAGCCGUCUAGACAAAAACUAAACACACACAGAACAGACUAAACAAACUCACCUCAGAAGCAGACCUUCCACACACACACAAACACACACACACACACACAGACACACUUUCAUUCACCCACUUCAUUUUUUCAGCUUAUUGUGGACCACACAAGAUCGCACAAACACUGAUCUCACACCCCUGGAUUGCCUCCAGAGUCCCUCCUUCCUCUUCCUGUCUGAGCUCCUCCUGUUACCUAGAGACGCCUGCUGCCCAAUGACAGAGCUCCUUCUUAUAGACCCCGGUCCUCGCUGCCAUUGGCCGGCCGUCUUUUACGUCAGUCUCCUCGGAAACGUUCGUCGUUUAUUAUUGUUGCUAUGUCGUACAAGUGUGCCUGCCUGCGCUGAGACAGGCGAAAUGUGAGUGGCUAGUUUGGGCUGUCAAUCAUCCCACGCCACGCCGUCUCAGAUGAUGAUGAUGAUGAUAAUUGGAUGAUGGUGAUGAGAUUUAUGAUGAUGAUGAUGAAGAUAGAUGUUUUUGUUAGUGAUGCCGCAAAGAUCGUUGCAAUACACCUACUAUUUGCCUUUUUGAUAAUAUUAGUCAUAUUUUAACGUAGUGUGCUUAAUGUAAGUUUUUUUUAUCGUUAUUGUUGUUAUUGUUGUUGUUGUUGUUUAUUGACCUGAGAAGAAAAAUGAGGUGAUUUCACUUCAAUCCAUCGAUCACACAAAAACUGUUUUUUGUUUUUUGUUUUUUUUCAUUUGUUCAUCCAACUUUGAGAGUGUAAAACUACCUAACACAAAAAAAACUGCAAGAUCACUGGGGAGGACGUGUAAAUACAAGAAAAUGUACUUCAGCUUUUAAGUGCCCUUUUCCCAUUUAGAGUACGCUUGUUAGUGUGCAGCCGUCUGAAGAGCAAAAUGAUUUGUAUGUACAUCUUUAUUAUUUUUUUACAUAAACAUAUCCUAAGAACAGCUUAUCUUUAAGCUAGCUAAAUUUGUGAAACUUUACCCUCAUCCAGUCCCUCUCUUUAGGGGAAAAAAAGCCCACUUUUAGCACAUUUUUUUCAUGCACCUACAAGUUUAAGUAUGCUUCUUUUAAAACAUCAAGUCCUGACGUCCCAGUUUGUUGACUAAUCAUCGCGCCUCCUUGCCUGGCCCAGCGUCUACAUGUGUGCCUUCUGGUGUCCAGAGCUGAAGGAAGCCAAUAUGCUUAAAACUCCAUUACUGUUGCCUUUUGACACGUAACCAACUUGGACAGCACAAAAUAUGUUAAAACUACACAGCCAUGACUUAUGGAAGUCUAGUCACAGCACGAAAAGGAAAAAAGAGUGUAACUCCUUGUAGAUGCCCAGAAAAAAUGGACACCUGCAACGAAAUUAUAAAUGAGCAAAUUUAUCUGGUGGGGAAAUUGACAAAUGCAAUGAAAAUCUCUGCAAUUGCUAUUUAGUCUUAGAGAUUAACCUUAAGGGAGAAGACUUUCUAUGUCAAACUUCCUUACGCUGAUGUUAGGUUCGAAUAAGUUCGCUUUGGAAAGUCAGGUUUAAAUGAGUCUGACUUAGAAAGUCAGGUUUAAAUGUGUCUGACUUACUAAGUCUGACUUACUUAAACCUAACAUGAACUUAACAUUUUUUUCUGGAAUAAUUUGGCUUUUUGUCAAUUUUACUUUUCCAAAUGAAAUAAGCUUCCAUAAUUACAACAGCAUAUGCUAAAUAUCAGUAAUUCAUCACACUGGUUACUCAUGUUGUGUUUCCGAGAUGUUGGAAAGUCAAAAAUCCACUCUAGUGAACUUGUAUUCGUAGUGUAGCAUGUCCUUAAAUGCAUCAGAAUGGUAAUGAUAGUUGAUAAUUGUUAGAUAGCAAACAGUGUGCAAGGUGAAGGAAUUCUGAUUUUCUUAUGACAUUUAUUGGGACACAACAUUAGCUACUCUUUAAGUUUCUGGCUACCUGGAAAGAACCUGCUCCUUUAAAACCCACUACAGCCCAGUUUUCUGCAUUUUUAUAGGCAUUUCCAAAGAAUUAAUCAUCCUGAACAAGUCACGCCUGACUUGAACUUUUCACAUUUUUUGGGGAAAGCUUCGCUUUUUCGUUGCCUUUUUCCAGUUUCAAUCAAUCACCUGUAGGGAAGUGUAAUGCAUACUGGCAUUAAAGAAGAAAAACUGAAUAUUUUAUUAAGAACAAUGGAAUGACUGAAGGAACACUCUGGAGAAAGGCAAACUAAAAAGAAACGUUUUCCCCUUUUUGUGUUUUUGCUCAUUCUGCGUUGUUGUGUUCUUUUCUGCUUGCUCUGCUCUUUGAAUCAGCGCUGCAUGGCGCCUUUUACUCUGACAAUGGUGAAGAAAAAAUAUACGAAAACACUCUCUUUUGGUUGCAGUAUGUUAUGUGUGCGUAUUUAAUAAGCCUCUGUACGUUACGGGACACAACGGCGCUCCGUUGCUUGUUCACCGCGGUGACUAUUGUAGAAGUCUUCCACCUGUCUUUGAGUUUCAUCCUGCAAGCAUGUCAAAUGUGGGACUUGUACAAUAGAUCCGUUUGUUCUGCUCAGGAUUCCUACAUGCAGCUGGUCCAGAUGUUUGGCAGAAAAAUACGAUAAAAUGCUGCGAUUGUCCAAUCCUCAGCUCUGGAGUGAGAGCCGCAGUGGGAACCAGGUGUGAGACAAAAUGUAGGAACCCUGAUCUGUUCUUGUAGAAAAACGUUGGGUUUCCCUUCGUUCAGAUUUAGCACCAGGCUCAUAACUCUUCCGUUGAAGUGCAAUGAGAAAAAAAAGGUGAACGUGGUGCUAAAAACUUCAAGGUUUAACUCCAGUCUGUCACAGCAUGGCUCACACACAUAUAUAGAGACCUGCUUAUUCUCAAUGGUAAUAACUGCUUAUUUGUGUAUUAAGACAGUUUAUUUUAAUUUAUAUUGGAUGGUCUACGUGUUGCUUGGUUUGUUUUGUUGUCGUUUUUUCUUAUUCUUCUCUGUUACAAACAGAAGACAAUGGUUUAUCGUUGUUGUCACAGAACAUGGUAUGAAUCUGACACAUUUCAGUUAGCCUUCGAUUUAAAAUAUGAAUAAAAGUUUUAUAAAUA